CAGAAGAGGCCGGCGAGCGGGGCGGUCGGGCUGCGGCGGCCGCUGCUUCUCCCCCACGGCUCGUCCCGCGACCAUGGCAGCCGCCUUCUACCUCCUCUCCACGCUGGGCGGCUACCUCGUCGCCUCGGCCCUGCUGCUGAAAUUCCCGUGCUUGCUGCACCGGCCGAAGCGCCAGCGCUUCCGAUGCCGGCACAUCUCGCAUCGCGGCGGUGCUGGAGAAAAUCUGGAAAAUACCAUGGCAGCUUUUCGCCACGCAGUUAAUGUGGGGACUGAUAUGCUGGAACUCGACUGCCAUUUGACAAAGGAUGAGCAAGUUGUGGUGUCUCAUGACGAGAACCUGAAACGAUCCACAGGGGUGGAUGUCAAUAUAUCUGACCUCAAAUACUCUGAACUCCCACCAUACCUCUGCAGACUGGAUGUAACUUUUCAGAAAGAGUGCCACUGUGAGGGUGAAGACAAGCGCAUCCCUUUGCUCAAGGAAGUGUUUGAGGCCUUCCCGCACACACCAAUCAACGUAGACAUCAAGGUGAACAAUGACUUGCUGAUUAAGAAGGUUUCGGAACUGGUGAGCUUUUACAAAAGAGAACAUUUGACUGUUUGGGGAAGUGUCAGCCACGAAGUUGUAGAAAAGUGUCACAAAGAGAACGCCCACAUCCCCAUCCUCUUCUGCUUGCGACGUGUCCUCCUCCUCCUCGGCCUGUUCUAUACCGGCCUGCUGCCGUUCUUUCCCAUCCUCGAGGAAUUCUUGGAGAUUCCCAUGCCUUCCAUCAUCCUCAAGUUGAAAGAAUCAGGGACGAUCUCAAGAAGCCAGCGGUUUACUAUAUGGCUGACUGACACAUUGUUAAUGAGGAAAGCAUUAUUUGACCACCUCACUGCUCGAGGAAUUCAGGUGUACAUCUGGGUCCUAAAUGAAGAGCAAGAAUACAAGCGAGCUUUUGAUUUGGGAGCAACUGGUGUGAUGACAGACUACCCCACGAAGCUGAAGAACUUCUUGCAUGCCUACCCAGCGUAAAGCAAGACAAAGAUCGUUUUUCUUCGAAACAGAAAAACAAAGCGGACAGAAACAAGCCCAGGAGGCUCACCCUUCUGUCUGACAAUUUCAGCAAGACGUUCACCCAAUAACAGCCACCGGACAUAAACAUCUGGGUUUUAUUACCUCAUUCUUAAGUCAUUGCACCUCUGGAGAUUGUAUACAGCUAUAUUUAUUUACCAUUUUAAGCAGCAUAGUUUACAUUUUAUUUUUAUUUUUUGUAAGCAGCUUGGUUAGUGGUCCGACUCUAACCGAAUAGACUUGUCUAGGAGGUGAGGUGCUGACAGGGUCGCCCAUAGAGGCAGCCGGCAUCGCUCACUGCAGCCUUCCCCAGCCUGGUCCUCCGGCUUUGCUGGACUACGGCGUCUGUCAUCCCCAAACCAUGUGCUCCAUCCAGUUCGGGAGGGGUAGACUACUGUUCCCUGUUGCUAGAUCUUGCAGUUCAGGUUUCCCCAAGUUUGCACAUGGAAGACAUUCCAGCAAGAGACUUCUUUUACCGCUUUGAACAUGUAAAUAUUCCCAGUAGACCGGCUGGUGUGGCUAAAAUUACCUGCUAACCCCAGGUAGUUUAUUGAGACGGGGCUCAUGAAACAGAAGCUGAAAGAGUAGAAAAGCUGGGCAAGCUCUCCUUGCUAACGUGUGCUGUCCUCUCCACAUAAGGACAAUUUACUGGGGGCCACUUUCAGAAGGGAGCGAUAGGUUACGCUCCCACCCUUUUCCCUCCUCCAGGUAAGCUGUGAGUUCCGUUUCGUCGCAGACUCUGUUUCCCCCACGUACUUUCCUCUGUUGCUGCAUCGGUCACGGGGGGUGGGGAUGAGAGAAUGGAAAGAGCUUUUCCGCCCGCAAUUUUCUGAUGACCUUCCUCUGCCUGCCAGUUUUGUGGGCUCCGAAUGUGCACAGGUGUGUCUGUGCAUGUUUGCACAAAUUUGCACGCCCCCAGAUGCACACAAACCAAAAAGGCACAAAUCCUCCCCGAAACACAAAUUUUUCAAACUACAGUCAGAUUUGUGCCUUUUUAACCUUUUUUAUUUUACAUAUUUUUGUGUGGCUAAAUGCACAAAAAUACAGACAAUGCCAAGACUUGGUCUGCAAGCCCAGCAGGGUCCAUGCGGCAUGGGAAGGCCAGUCUGCUGGGGAAUCCACAGGGUGGACCCCAAGGAAUCCACCCUUCCUUGAGUCCCUUGCUCUGACAGCCCUGACCAGGCUGGCAGAUCUGAAGCCAGGAGCUCCAGCGGCCAGUCCCUAGUGUAGCUCAUGGAACUGCCCAUCUUGGGGAGCGGCUGCGGGUGUUUGACCAAAAGCAAAAUGCAGAACUCGACUCCGUGUUUGUUACGUCCUCAUUAGGGAUCUCUGAGCAUGUUAAUUGUACAAGGCUGCUUCUGCUGUGACAGGUUGCCAUCUUAAUUUGAAGUGUUUUCAACUAGGAUUCACUCGCCUUUGUCUGUGAAUGGAACAUUUGUAAUGGUAAAACCGGCAUGGAACGGUGGCGGCCUUUCCUUUGGCAAAAUUCGAAAUGCAAGAGGACUGCUUGGUCUUACAGAUUCCAGGCUUGUGUGCUCCUUCCACCUAGUCACUCUUGCCAAGGUUGAACUGUUCAGUGGAAACCUUCUGGCUUCUUUGAAUUAGUCCGCCGGCUUGGUGUGUCUAGAAUUACCUCUGUGCAUUUCUCGUUGUCGUUGGACCGCUGUCGCCCCGUGGCAGCGUGUCUGGAGCAAGCGUUGCAUCCCAUGAGAGUCUCGCCCGCCACUGGCAGGUAGUCUCUGGCUUCCCAUCAUGAGACUGUUUCCUGACUUGAAGUCGGCUGGAAAUGAAAUGGCAUCCGGUUUAAAUAAAGCCUUUGCAACUGCAAGGCAAGGAAGCCACACACUGAAGCUGUGCAAAGGGCAGAGUGGUUGUGGUACAGGGAGUUGAGUGUGUCUUCUGGACCCGAGCUGAGAUUCCUGCUUGGUUUCAGGUUUUACUGGGAAACUUAGAGCAGUCAGUCGCCCAGCCCAGGCCACCUCACAGGGCUGUUGUGAGGACAGCACAGGCCAUUUAAAAACCCCAUCUGCAUCAUUCUGUAUGCUUGGAUGGCCUUGAUACAAAUGUGACUUUAAGAAAUGAUGGAAACCGGGCAAGUGUCUCCUCUAGAAACUGUAGAAUGUACAUACCGAAGUGUGCUUGUAUGUAGUCUCUCUAAGCUUAGCUUGAUCUGUACUGUGAGGUAAUGUAGCAAUUUCUGGGUCAGAGAACUAAAAAUAACUCUUUCAGAGAAUCUGUGAUAAAACACCACUUCCUUCAUUAAAAUGGACAUGCCUAAGAACAGUGUGGUGUACUGGUUAGGGUGCUGGACUGGUACGCACGAGACCUGGGUUCUAAUCCCCUCUCAGCCAUGGAGCUCUCUGGGCGCCUUUGAGCCAGUCACAAACCCCCAGCCUAGCCUACCUCACACGGUUGUUGUGAGGAUAACAUUGUGAGGAGGAGAACCUUGUAAACUAUCCCCGAGUUUCUUGCAAGAGGAAGACAGGCAGCGCAUACUGGCAAUGUUGUAUUAUGUCUACAGGAUCUUGAGAGCACGAUUAUGGGAUUCUUGACUGACAGCAUAAAUGUAAUAAGUGGCCUCACUGGGUGUUUCAGCCAUGCCAGUUCGGCUCCCUCGUUUCUGUAGACUAGCCGCAUUCGGUUCUGAAAGCUCGCGACUUGCUUUGUCUUCAGAACUGGAAGAGAUUUAGCUUCGUAUCAAUUCCGCUUCACUUCAGGUGAAGAAGGUGAAAGGGCAAGCUGUGUUCCAGGUUCAGUCCAAGGAAGGAGAACCAGUCUAUCCGCCACCUAAUCUGUACAGGAAAAAAAACCUGACCCGGUGUGAAAAUGGGACGUGUAGUCAAAUCCUAAAUUAGCUGUUUCCCAAAUGGUGGUUACCAUGUACUGUCAGUGAUUCAUCAGGUUAUAUAGCUGCACUGUGCAAAAUGUAGACCUGAGAGACCAUGUGUAGAACUCCUUGUAUUUCAUACUUAAUGCAGGUUGUGUUUGAUUUUUUUGUUUGGUUUUGUUUCUUUAAGGCUAGCUCUUUUUCCAUACUGCUGCAAAGAUCGUGGGGCCAUUUCAGAGGGUGAGAAGGGAAGGAGACAGGCGAGGCCAGGACACAAAAGCCCGUCUAGCAAGAAACUCAGCAUGAGAGGAAAGGCAGCCAAGAUGGCCUCCAUGACUCCUCCCACCACACCAUCAGGUGACUGUCAGCCUCCGACUUGAGGCGCUUACAAUCAAGGGCACAACCCCUAGGAUCGUGCCCUCAGUUGUGCACACUACCUGAAUGCACGAUGUCGCCUGUGGAAAAGGUUUGUCUUGAAGAAAAAUAUACAGUGACCCCCUUCCCACUCCCAUUCUCAACUCUUCGUUCCCUUUUUUCAUCCCAGAAACCCUGGAGAAGAGCUUGGCGUCUUCAGGUUUUUUAGAACCCUCGUUCAUUAGAGCGUCUAACUAAUUUUGAAGGAAGCCCUCGCAACUGAGUUGGCAUCUGAUGCAAAUUAGCCGUGUGCCAGUGCUCAUUAUAAAGUGAUCCUGCCACUCACAAUAGUUAACUUUCUGGAUGUUCAGUUGCAGAGAACAGGCAAUUAAGGGCGCAGUCGUCCGCCUCUUUAGAUGGAGGGUGGAGGGACUAUAACUCACAGGAGAUGCCAAGCUGCAGGGCUGGCGGUGAGUUGCAGGCCAUUUUUCUGUCUAGACAUAUCCAUGAUUGCGCUUCAAGCUGUUCUUUCACCGGGCUGACCUCUUUCAGUGCAAGUUUGCGUCACGGAUGUCCAACCCAGUAUAUAGCAUAUGCCAACUUAUGAUCUGGUUCACCCAGAAAACAGGUGGCUUGUUAAUUACACUAUUUCAACAUCCAGCCUUUAUAGAGUAAAAACGGGCUCGUACAAUUUUGUAUGAAGGCUCCUGGGCAAUUCAUAAGUCGGACUGUUCCUUUUUCCAAAUUGGGAGCGAUUUGUCUUGCUUCCUGGGACCAGCACAGCUGUAGCGCUUGAGCGUAAAUUCCCUGGCAGCAGAUUAGAUCUCUGACGUGAGAUAUGAUCGGCCAGAUGGUUGGAUGGGGGUGCGGCAGCCCCCCAUCAAAGUGGAACAAUCUUCUCUGAAGAUGAUCAGGUACACCCAGGUCUCCAAACAUGUCUCACCUGCUGAAACGAUUGCAUGGAAGCUCUAAAACUUCAACAGGCCAGUUUAACUCCAGGGUGAUAACAGUUCAUGCCUCCCGUUCACCCCAAAUUGGCAGACGACCCCAGAAACUGCCCUGGCUGAAGAUCAGUUUCUUCCACAACCUGGUGCCCUCCAGACUACACAAGCCUGCACCCCUCAGCAGGCCCAACUCAUCUGCAGGGCACCAGGUUGAAAGAUGCUGAAGGACAGGUUAUUAUACCUUGCCGUAAGCCUUGAGAACAGUUUUCUUUGCGAGAGAACAAGAUGUUUCAUGUCCUGGAUAUUUAAAAAAGGAUGGAUGCAGUCUUGACUUUUUUAAUUUUAAUGUUGUGAUUGAGAAUUAUUAAUGUGAUGAAGGAUACUACAAACACUCCAUGCACUUGAAACAUUUCUCUGGCACCAGUGGUGCUUCGUAAAUGUAGAUAGCAAUGUGACACGGGCAUUAUAUAGAAAUAUAUGCUGUGAAG